AUGGCGAUCAAAAGUCUUCCUCGAGACUGGGAAAAUCCGAGCGUAUUCAGUCGCAACAAGUGUCGCUCCCACGUACCUUUGCGAGCCCACCCUACUCCAGAAUCGGCGUUGCUAUACUUUCUGAAGGAUCCGAAAGCAGCAGACACUGCCAAUUUGCUCAGUCUUAACAGUUCAGAAUGGAGCUUUCAUCUGUACGAUCGCCCUGAAGAUGUUCCAGACGCUUUCAGCACUCCUGAAUUUGAUGAUGGGCUGUGGGGCAAGAUUGAAGUACCUGCCAACUGGGAAUGCCAGGGGCAUGGAACACCCAUCUACACGAAUUUCCAGUACCCAUGGCCCAUCACGGCUCCUUUCGUGCCUGCAGAGAACCCUACUGGCUGUUACAGGCUCUGGUUCGAUGUGCCAUCGGGGUGGAAGGACAGGAGGGUCUUCCUGCACUUUGAAGCCGUCAACAACGCCUGCUAUGUCUGGGUGAAUGGGCAGCAGCUGGGCUACAGCCAGGACAGCUGCUUGCCAGCGGAAUUUGAAGUCACCACUGUCCUGCAGCCCGGCCGAAAUCUCCUCAGUGUGCAGGUGUUGCGUUUCAGCGAUGGGAGUUACUUGGAGGACAUGGAUCACUGGUGGCUCUCUGGCAUCUACAGGGAUGUCUUCCUGCUCAGCAAGCCAGUCACCCAUAUCACAGACUUUGUUGUGAACGAGGACCAGCCCAGUGGCUUUGCUGAGGCAGUUCCGGCAGUGGAGAUCGAGAUCACAGACCAGGACCACUGGAUCUCAGUGGACAACACCAUCAGGGCAACCCAUGCAGAGGCUGGCGUUGGGGGCCUGGCUAUUGUGGGGACCUCUUUCCCACCCUUUCCCUUUGACAAGCAGCUGGCGCGCUCCGUGGACAUUGACAUGGCCACAGCUGGCAGGCUGCCGGCGCUAUGGAGUGCAGAAGAGCCCAAUCUGUACAUCUUGGUGCUGUCGCUUGUAACAAAGCAGGGGGAGCACUUGGACAGCGAAUCCACACAGGUGGGCUUCAGGGAGGUGGUGAUAGAGGGCAGGCAGCUGCUGGUGAACAAGCGCCCCAUUCUGGUGAAGGGCGUGAACAGGCACGAGCAUGAUGAGCGGCGCGGCAAGGCUGUAACUGAGGAGGGCAUGCUGGCUGACAUCUACCUCCUGAAACAGCUCAACUUCAACUCUGUCCGCUGCUCGCACUACCCAAAUGCGCCGCGCUGGUACGAGCUGUGCAACCAGUAUGGGCUGUACCUUGUGGACGAGGCCAAUGUCGAAACCCACGGGUUUGAUCCGGCACUCAACAACAACAGAGUGGUUCCGGCAAACAACCCGCUCUGGCUGCAUGCCAUCGUGGACCGGGGCAUGCGCAUGCUGGAGCGCGACAAGAACCACCCCUCCAUCAUUAUCUGGUCUCUGGGCAAUGAGGCUGGCUACGGGCCAGCGCACCUGGCAAUGGCUGGAUACAUCCGCGCGCGCGACUCAUCUCGCCCUGUGCAUUAUGAGGGAGGAGGAUCGCGCACAGCAGCUACUGACAUCUUGUGCCCCAUGUAUGCCCGCAUCAAUCAGAUUGAGGCCUGGGCCAAUGAGAAAGCAGAGACACGGCCGCUUAUACAGUGCGAGUAUGCCCAUGCCAUGGGCAAUUCCAACGGCAACUACAAGGAGUACUGGGAGUCCUUCGAGAAACACCCAUACCUGCAGGGGGGGUUCAUCUGGGAUUGGGUAGACCAGGGGCUGCUGCACAAAGUGAAAGACGUGGAGGGCAAUGAUGUGGAGGCAUGGGGCUAUGGUGGUGACUUUGGUGAUCCCGUCCACGAUGCACAAUUCUGCAUCAACGGCCUCAUUUGGCCCAACCGGGUUCCCCAUCCUGGUGCCUUCGAGUGUAAGGCCCUGAAGGAGAGCCCGAACGGCGGCCUGGGCGGGCUGAUAGUGCGCGCCAAAAACAAGAACACCUUCAGCAGUUCGGCCAACCUGCUGCUGAGCUGGCGUGUGCUGCUGGAUGGCGUCCCGCUGCUGGUGGGCGACCCUGCCCAGCGCGGACUGGGUGGCUGGUACCCCGGCGGCAGCGUCGCCAUUGCACCCCAGGUGUUUCUGGAGAUGCGCGCACAGCUCAGCACGGCCAUGCCAUGGGCUCCCAUGGGGCACGUGGUUGCUGAGCAGCAGCUGCUGGUGCCAUCCGACUGGAUCAGGGACGACGAUGACGCCAUGCCCGAGCAUGCCCCUCCACCGUUGGGGAAGCCACUGCAGUUCACCCAGGAGGAGCGUGGCGGCAGGAAAGUCCAUAAUGUCACCGGCGCCAAUGACCUGCACGUGGAGGUGAACACGCAGACAGGCUCGCUGGACCGGUGGGAGGUUGGGGGCCACUCCUUGCUGGCCCAGGGGGUGACACCGUGCUUGUUCAGGGCUCCUCUAGACAACGACCUGGGUGGCAGUGGCAAGACCAGCUUUGCUGCCAGGUGGAAGGAGGCGGGCUUGGACUGUCUGGAGGUGGUGGCCGACACAGUGAAAUCCUCUGUGCAGCAGAUAUCAGAUUCAGCAGUCAAAGUGCCAGAUGCGCCCAGCGGCGCACCUCAGGAGCACCCGUUGCCGGAUGCACCCACUCCAUCUGUGGAAGCCGAGGUGGCUGUGGCGGUGCAAUACACAGUGCACGGCGAUGGCAGCUUGCGCGUGGACUGGCACAUCGAUGCAAGCCGCGCCCUGCCAGCCAGCCCUCCCCCGCCUCUUUUCUCGUCUCUGCCGCGGAUUGGAAUGCAUCUGGGCGUGCCUGCUCAGUUUAGCAGGGUGCACUGGUAUGGACGAGGUCCCCAUGAGAGCUACCCAGACCGCAAGUAUGGGGCUUUCCUGCGCCAGUACAGCCUGGACCAUGUGCAGGAGAUGCACGUGCCAUACAUCUUCCCAAGUGAGAAUGGUGGAAGGGCGGACACACGGUGGGUGAGUCUGAGCGAUGAGGAUGGGGUCGGGCUGGCAGCUGUCACUCUGAGCGAUCCCUUUCAGAUGAAUGCUUCGAGGUUCAGCAUUGCCACCCUGAUGGCAGCAAAGCAUGACUAUGAGCUCAGUGCCGAUCCCUUCACCCACUUGCACCUGGACCACCGCCACAUGGGAGUUGGUGGAGAUGACUCCUGGUCACCCAGCUUACACAAGGAGUAUGCUGUCGAGCCUGGAGAGUACAAGUUUUCUGUUCUGCUAGCGCCUGUGCUGCCCAACAAGGAGGUCACAGCUCCGGAGACAGCUGCAAGCUUGUGGCGGCAGCAAGUGAUUGAUCAUUUUCUGGAAAUAAGGUGCAGGACUACUGUCUAG